UGGAAGGGAAUAUUAAAAAAUGAAGGUCGGUUUACGCUACCUUCAUUUCCUAAGAAGUUGCAGUAACUCAACCAAGUAUAAACUAUAAACUAACCACCACCUUCGUUCAAAAAUAUUUAAUAUGUCUUCUUCCUUUGCGUCUGCAUCGUAAGUUCUCUACCUAUACCAAAGCUAUGGGCUACUCCGCCGCAGAGAUUACUAGCGGAUCAAGACAUGAAUUCUACCAGAACGUUGUCGUAAUGAGGCACGGAGAUCGCAUCGACAACUUUGACCCGCUUUGGGUUUCCACCGCCGCUAGGCCCUGGGAUCCACCGCUAGUAGAAGCUGGUCGGGUCAGGGCAUUCUCCACUGGCAACUACCUCAAGUCCCAUAUCGGCUUUCCAAUCCACCGCGUCUUUGUUUCUCCCUUCCUCCGCUGCAUUCAGACAGCCUCCGAGGCUGUCUCGGCGCUCUGCGCCGUCAAAGACAACUCCGACGCCGCCAUCAGAGACGGAAUUGCUAUCGGUCCCUCCAAAGUCAAGGUUUCUAUCGAGUACGGAUUAUGUGAGAUGAUGAACUCGCAAGCCAUUAGACAUGAUUCUGCACCCAAAGAUGGGAAUUUUGGUUUCAUCACUUCUGAGCUUGAAGCCCUGCUGGCUGCUGGGACAGUCGAUCAUACUGCAGAACCAGUGUAUGAAGAGUUGCCGCAAUGGGAAGAAACAGUGACAGGAACAAGGACCAGAUAUGAACACGUUUUUAAAGCACUUGCAGAUAAUUACCCAUCUGAGAACCUGCUGCUUGUCACUCAUGGGGAAGGAGUUGGAGUUUCAGUUUCUGCAUUCAUGAAAGAUGUAACAGUGUAUGAAGUAGAGUACUGUGCAUAUUCAGUAUUAAGAAGGCCAAUUUUUAAGGAAGAUCAAUCCUUUACAACUGGAGAAUUUGAAGUUCUUACUAAGAGUGGCAUCCAAGUGCUUACUAAGAGCUGAACAUUGAUUUAACCAUAGCACAUUCUGCCUAUUAUUACUGUUGUUCUAAUUCUUGAUUCACAGAUUGUAAGAAUUUCCUUUGGUCUUUGGUAAUAAGUGAACAUUGUUCUGAGAGAUGAGAAUAAA